AUGUGUUGGUCGGCAGUUGAUUGUUGUAGAUCGAAUUCAGUCUACUUCAAGUUGAAGAUUAUUAGUUCUUAUUGUGAUGGGACGACCGUGGGAGUGAGAAGUAAUCAUUACAAAAUAACUAGCUGA